UACAGAACUGUUAGACAUGUGCUGUUCCAGUGUACUAACCGGAGGGGGAACCAACAUUGAACUUGCACUCCACUGUCUUCAUGAAGUGCAAGGAAAUAUACCGGCAGCACUGGAUUUACUGUUGAUGAGAGAAGAUUUUCGAAUCACCAGGCACCCUCUGAAUAAUUACCACUACACAGGGUCAGACCACUGGACAGAUCAAGAGAUGAGACUUUUCAGAACGGCUCUGGAGGACCAUGGCAAGGACUUUAAUAAGAUUCAUAAUGUGUUGCAAACCAAAUCAGUGGCUCAGUGUGUGGAGUAUUACUACAUCUGGAAGAAUCUGAAAAAAUUCAAGCAACGUGUUCAAGCUGCAGAUGAAAAAGAUGUUGAAGAGACCUCUGUGUUCCAAGACUCACAAAAGACCCCGCCUGAGCAGACAAGAAUGAACAACACUAGACGGACGGGUGUGCAAAAGAGAUAUCCAUGUGAAGAGGAACCGCUACACCUCGAUCAGGACAGAGACUGGCUGCCUCCAGGCCACAAAGACACAAUGUCCAAGGAUUUAUAUGGACCCUGAAAUAAAGUGCUUUGCUUUUGUAAUCCUAAAAAUCAGCCGUUUAAAGCGAACUUUUAUAGUAGAUAUAUAAUUUAGCCUGAAUUUAAAACAAUAAGAUUUAAUAAACGUUUUCUACUAUUGUUCAACUGUUUGUAAGGUUCUUAAUACUGUAUGUUCUGGUUAAAUAUUUGUACUGAGAUUUAGUUAACAGUAAAAUCUGUUCCACUAAUUCAUUACAUAAACUCUGUAGUUUGCAUAAUUUACAU